UCGUCCCACCGUCUCUUUCUCUCUCAUUGCUUCGCCGGCGGGGAUAUUUAUUCAUUAUUUCCCGGCGAAGAUUUGAUUUUCAAUUAGGGUUUUUUUUUCGUUUACUGGAAUAAUCUAUUGAUGUUUAAUUAAAAACUAUGGCGGACUCUCAAGAUUCAAGCUUUUCAAGGGAUUUAUUGCAGAGAUUUACGUGCGGCGGAGGAGGGAAUCGUUUUCCGGUGAAACCAAAAGAGGAAGCUCAUGGGUCGCCGGAAAACGUAGAGCUGAGUUUAGGGUUGUCUUUGAACGGUAGAUUUGGGGUGGAACCACAAAGAAUGGUGGUUAAUGACGCUAAGUUCAACAGAAAGUUGAUCCGUGCUUCUUCGGUAAACGAUUUCGUGAAUUUCUCGGUUGAUGUUGAAUUAUCGUUGUAUUCUCCGUUGACGAGGACGUGCUCUCUGCCGCCGGAGAUGGAGGCGGAGUGGAGGAGGAGGAAGGAGUUGCAGUCGUUGCGGCGGUCGGAGGCGAAGCGGAAACGAGUUGAAAAGCUAAAGAAUGUGAGGGUGGUGAAAACGAGAACGGUGGAGGAUUGGGAGACAAAUCGGAGGAAUUUGGUUAACGAAAACGGUCCACCGUCAUCGUCACCGUCACCGUCACCACCACCACCGCACCCGGCGCUGCAUUUUUCAUCACAAGGAUCGAUUGGGUCUCAGGGAAGUGGUGGGUCUUCUGGGGUUUCCGAUUUGGAAAGUCAACCUUUUCAAGGAAUCAAUACAAAAAGUGAAAGUCAUGAUCGGUCGGAGUCAAACAAAGUUGACCGGAGCUCGAAGAUCAAAUCCGGCGGCGGAGCUUUGCCGGACGUUUUAACGAUGCCGUGUGUUUCCACCAAAGUGGAAGGUCCCGAUGGCAAAAAGACACAAGGGUUUUUGUAUAGAUAUGGAAAAGGAGAAGAAGUUAGAAUAGUAUGUGUUUGCCAUGGUAGCUUUCUGACUCCGUCGGAGUUUGUGAAACACGGCGGAGGAGACGAUGUCGACCACCCGUUAAGACAUAUCGUCGUUACCCCUUCUUUGUUCAGUUGAUAUUUAAGAAAAUUGGAAUACAUUUUUGCAAUUUUUUUAA